UCGCCGCUGGUCCCGUCCAAUUGGAGCCAUGUCACAAAGCGAUAUCCGUGGAUCUACCGGUUUCACGACGCCCUCCACUUGCAAGGAUCCAGUCCGGGUGCUUAUCACCGGCGCGGCAGGCCAGAUCGCCUACUCUCUGGCUCCGCUCAUAGCCAAGGGUCACGUGUUUGGCUAUGACCAGCCUGUGAUCCUGCACCUCCUGGACAUCACGCAGGCGAUGGGAGUCCUCAGCGGCGUUGUCAUGGAGCUCCAGGACUGCGCUUUCCCAUUGCUGAAAGAGGUGGUGGCCACCGACGACGAGAAGAAGGCCUUCACAGGCAUCGACGCUGCCGUCCUGUUGGCCUCGUUUCCUACGAAGCCAGGCGCGACGCGCAAGGACCUCUUGGCUCCAAACGCCAAGAUCUACGAGAGCCACGGGACCUGCAUCAACCUGUACGCCAAGAAGAGUGUCAAGGUUCUCGUAGUGUGCAACCCGGCGAACACUAUCGCGUUCAUCUGCUCCAGGUACGCGCCGUCCAUUCCGAAAGAGAACUUCUCGGCAUUGACGCGGAUCGACCACAACAGGGCAAGGCUGCAGAUUGGCGAGAAGCUAAAGGUGUCGGCUGCGGACGUGAGGAAUGUGAUCAUUUGGGGCAACCACUCGACCACCCAGUUCCCGGACGUCAGCCACGCAACUGUGAUGAUAAACAACCGGGCAGUUAAGGUUACCGAUGUCCUCAAGGACCAGGCCUACUUACAUGGAGAGUUCAUUAAAACGGUGCAGGACCGCGGUUAUGCAGUGUGUGCAGCGCGCAAGCGGUCCAGCGGAAUUACCACAGCCAGCGCAGCGGCAGACCAGUUGCACGACUGGUGGCAAGGAACUCCCGAGGGCGAGUGGGUGUCCAUGGCAGUGAUGAGCGACGGCUCGUACGACACGCCACGCGACGUCAUAUUCAGCUUCCCGGUUCGGGUCGACGCCCACCGGCGCUGGCACAUCGUGGGCGGACUGGAGAUCUCGGACUUCGCCCGGCAAAAGAUUGACGCCACCGGCAAAGAGCUCGUCGAGGAGCGAAAUGACGCUAUAGAUAUCUGCAAGUUCUAAAAGGCCGCACAGCCAUUAUAUAAAGGCGCGCUCUGACGGUCUAUAAUUUCUCAGGAGCUCCAGUAUCGCCACUUCCUGCCUUAUAUAUUCCCGAGCAUAACAGUUAUUU